CUAUGAGUUGUGACAAGAUGAGGGUGGACGGUCUGUGUGUAUCCGGAGUGCAUGCGCUUUGAAUGUUUGCUGGUUGGAUAAUGGGAUCAGGUUACUACUAUUAUACGGCAAUGAGGCUUCAUUCACUUCUUUCCUUUUAGCCAUUGCGCUCACCUGAUUCUUGCUCUUGCCGUUUGGCUCCCCUUCAUCACAUUCCAUCAUCACCUGGGCCUGUUCUCCAUCGCUCCUGCCUGUUUUCUACAACCGAAUGCGACGGCUAUAGAAAACAAAAGAACGCCAGCAUAUUUAUUCUCAAGCUGUAUUACGCUUCUAUUUAUCCACCAUCAGUUUCCUUUUCUCUUUUUGACCUGCCACCAUGUCUCCACGUCGUUCUCUGCGUCCUCAUGCUUUGCGCGCAACUUCCCAGGAACUGGAUUCUAACAUGGAAAGCAGGUCGACCAGGCAUACUCGCUCCUUCGCGAACUCCUCGAACUCCUCUCCUUCUGUGACGAUAUUCCGAGCCCCAAUUUCCCCAGGCCAACUAGAGAAGUCUCUCUGUUUGAUCAUCAAGAUGCGUUCAAGCAAGCUCCGCGAGGCGACCAACGCAUCAAAACGCAACAUUUUCACGGAAGACCCUAUCGUGUCCGGACCACGCACGAGCCGUCCAAGAAAGAAGCUGGUGGAAAUCAAUACGAGCGAUGAAGAAGAUUUGAGCGACCAAGAAGAGGACGAGGUUGAUGACGACGACGCAGCCGGUGAUGAGGACGAGGAUGCCGACGCUGAUGGUGACUUGGACAUGGAUGACGCACCGCCUCAACCACCAUCUAGACGACAUGCAAGAGCGGUUGCGAUUUCUACGCCGUCUCGAAGACAAGUCAAGAGCGUUGAGGCCAAGGAGAUGGAGGUAGAAAAUGAUGACGAUGAUGAUGAUGAUGAUGAUGAUGACGAUGAAGAAUUGUCUGAGUUGGAAUCGGAUGCAGAAGGCGAGCCUAACGACGAUGGAAAUGCAGAAUUGGAUGAGGAAGACGAGGAGGGUCUUGAUAGUGAUGACGCCAAUGCAGACAUCGGCAAAAUGACAAAACGGCAAAGAGGGUCAUUGGGCAACGACUUUUUGCAACUGCCAAUGGAGCCCCAGAUAAAGAAGCAUCUGACGGCUGAAGAGCGUGCCAUGCGCCGUGCUGAGAUGGCACGACGGCGGAAGAACCUCAGCGAGAAGCGCAACGAGGAAGAGAAGAUGGACACGAUCAACAGGCUCUUGAGAAAACAACCCCCCAAGAAGCGAGGUCGCGGCGCCGCUGAAGGGACAGACGCUACUCCUGGCGAACAAGAAGCACAAGAGCCUCGAAAACAGAAAGCGGAUCCUACCAUGAUCAGAUGGGUUAGCAAUCGUCAGGGAAGCCAGCUGAGUGUUCCUGAGGAAUGGCUCGGUACUCCUGCAGGGCGUUUGCUUGGGGAAAAUCCAACGGGUUCUAGGAAACUUGUUGAGGAAGUCUGAUGGUAUGCACAUUAUGAAAUGGGUGGAAUGGAGCCCGGCGUAUUUGGGAUAUGGUUCAUUGGUUAAUGUAUGGGGAUUUGCUACAAUUUUCAUCUUCAUUUUUCUUUGCAGGCUAGAUAAGCAGCCACAAGAAGCACUACACAUCAUUGUUAAUGUUAUGAAAGGCGUCAUGCAAUACUUGGAUACUAGCAUAAUCGCCAGCGUGUAUUCCAUGCCAGCCAGUCAUGUAAGAUAUCUGCAGUCCAUAUCGAAAUUUGUAAAUCAGCUUCUCCACUGCAAC